AGCCGACGAGUUACCGUGACAAACAAUAUUUACCUGCAAAAUUUAUUUUAUAAUCAAAUAACUAAAUAAACUUUCAAAUGUCUCAUAACCAUUGUCAUAAUGGAUGCCACGAUCACGACCACUCAAGUUCAGAGGAAUUGGGUAUUCAAUAUAACCUUUACGAAAAAAUUGAUAAGGAGAAUUUGCAGUGUUUGAAUGAGACGGUGGAAGGAUCAGGUAAAACUGUAUUUAAGCCGUGGGAAAGGCGGCUUGAUAGAACUCAUUUUGUGGAGAGUGAUGCAGAUGAAGAACUCCUCUUUAACAUUCCAUUCACUGGAAACGUCAAGCUUAAAGGCAUAAAGGUAGCAUCAGAAAAUACUGAUGCACAUCCUUCUAAGUUGAGGCUAUUUAAAAACAAACCUAACAUGACAUUUGAUGAUGUCACCAUUGAACCAGACCAGAUGUUUGAGCUUCACAGGGACAGUGAAGGUGUAUUAGAAUAUGCCCCCAAAAUCGUCACGUUUUCUUCUGUAACCCAUUUGACUAUGCACUUUCCGAGCAACUUCGGUGCUGACAACACGAAAAUUUAUUAUAUCGGCUUGAAGGGGGAAUGGACACCCGCACACAAGCACGGCGUCACCAUUUGUACAUACGAAGCUAGGCCCAAUCUCGACGACCACAAGUUAAAACAUUUAGAAUCCGUAACCAAACAUAUAGACUAGGCAAUUUAAUGUCAUAAUUUUGUAAUCGGUCACUCGGCAUUACUACAGUUGAACCAAUCACAUUCAAUUACCUAAAAAAUCUACGCGAGUUAUGUAUACCUAGCGUAAGUAUAGUGUUAUGACUGUCAAAUGCAGAUCCUUUGGCGUACUGGUUAUCAGAGUCCGGAAGUUUCGUGGCUAGUACUUACUAUGAUAUCUGCAUAUUAAGAACAUGACACGUCAGUUUGACUUUCGAAGCUGCACAGAAAAGUAUAUGUCAUGUAAAUUAAAAUAUAUUACCAAUAUCAAUACUGCUAUUAUUGGUGUAGCAGCGUAGUUAAUUGACUUUAAUGGGUUCAGCUUGUAUAGGCCAGAUCGCAACCUAAUUUAUAACACCAUCUGUUUAACUAAACAUCUAACGUUUGUUAUUUAUAAAAGAAAGGGACAUGUCAAAUAUGUAAGUACUACAUUUUUUUUUAAUAAAAUAUUUUUAUUAUUAUUGUGUUUUAUUGUAAUAUAACAUUUAAUUUUCAAUUAUUAUAUUAUAUUUACAGAACAUGUAUCUUAGAAAUUUAAAGUUGCAGGAAAGUAGGAUUUAACUAACGAAACUUGCAUUUAAAUUACUGUAUAUGUAAAUUACUAUAUUCUUAUGUCAAUAAAUAUAUUUACUAUAUAUCUGUACACAGAUUUGAUAAGCAGGUAGGAAUUCAAAUCGUUAAAUAAAAAUGUGCAGCAUAUGUAUAUGAAUUACUGCACAGUGGAAGACCUACUGUUCAUUAUUUACAUGGGGAAAAACAACAUAGAAAUAGGUUGAAUGGUCAUAUUACAACAGUUCAUACAGGUAUCACAAUUUGCUGCCUAAC